AUGCCCGGGCGCCCGAAGGGCGAUACCGAGAAGUUUUACAACAUCCUCGGCGUGUCCAAGAACGCGGAUGCCAACGAGAUCAAGAAGGCGUACCGCAAGGCGGCCAUCAAGAACCACCCCGACAAGGGAGGCGACCCGGAGAAGUUCAAGGAGGUCACCGCGGCGUACGAGGUGCUCAGCGAUCCCGAAAAGAGGGAGAUCUACGACCAGUACGGCGAGGAGGGCCUGAAGGAGGGCGGCAUGGGCGGCGGCGGCGGCGGCAGCCCCUUCGACAUCUUCGAGGCCAUGUUCGGCGGUAACCCCUUCGGCCCCGGCGGCGGCCGCGGCUCCGGCCGCCAGCGCCAGAGGAAGGGCGAGGACGUCGUGCACGGCUUGAAGGUGUCGCUGGAGGAUCUGUACAACGGCGUGACCAAGAAGCUGAGCCUGGCGAAGAACGUGCUGUGCCCCAAGUGCGACGGCAAGGGUAGCAAGAGCGGCGCGUCGGGUCAUUGCGGCACCUGCAAGGGCAGCGGCGUUCGCGUUGUGGUCAGGCAGAUCGCCCCGGGCAUGGUUCAGCAGAUGCAGACGGUGUGCAACGAGUGCCGCGGCUCCGGGCAGGUCAUCAGCGAGAAGGACAAGUGCGGGCAGUGCCACGGCCAGAAGGUGGUGCAGGAGAAAAAGGUCUUGGAGGUGCACAUCGAGAAGGGCAUGGUGAACAAUCAGAAGAUCGUCUUCCAGGGUGAGGCCGACGAGGCUCCCGGCACCGUCCCGGGCGACAUCAUCUUCGUCGUGCAGGAGAAGGAGCACGCCACGUUCAAGCGCAAGGGCCCCGACCUGUUCCUCGAGAAGACCAUCUCCCUCGCCGAGGCCCUCUGCGGCUUCCAAAUGACCGUCACCCAUCUAGACAAGCGCGAGCUCGUCAUCGCCACCAACGAGGGCGACAUCAUCAAGCCCAACUCCUUCAAGGCGGUGUACGACGAGGGCAUGCCCACCUACCAGUCUCCCUUCCAGAAGGGCAAGCUCUUCAUCCAAUUCACCGUCAAGUUCCCCGCCCCGGGCGACCUCUCCGACGACGAUCUCGCCGCACUCGCCAACGUCCUCGGCAAGCCCACCGCGCCGAUCGUUACCGACGACCACGAGGAGUGCACCAUGCACGACGUCGACAUCGAGUCUGAGAUGCGCCGCAACAAGCAGCAGCAGAAGCAGGCCCACGACGACUCCGACGACGAGGGCGAGGGUGGCCAGAGGGUGCAGUGCGCGCAGCAGUAA